AUGCAGCACGUCCAAAGGUUCUCAAAACCUAGAGAAUUAUUUGGAUGCAUCAUCCAAUGCCACACAAAUCAUGGCUAUAUUGGCAGUUUCCGCCAACGAUUCAAACUACAAGGUGAAAUCAGCUGCCCAUGUGGUGAAGCAGACAUUCAGACCCAAGAACACAUUCUUCGAGAAUGCCCACGCUAUACUGAAGCGCGAAGAGAACUACUACAGGCUUCCCAAUACAUAUUUCUACCGGAAAUCCUAGGAACAACCCAAGGCAUUAAAGCCCUGACAUCUUUCCUCGCAGCCUCCGGGGCAUACACUCAAUCUGGCACCCAACCACUACCACCCAAACCUCCAUUGUUUGACAACAAACCAGUCCCGGACUCCAAAGACAACAAAUCCGAUCUUGACCUGUGA